AUGAGUGAAAAUAAUACCGAAUCAAAGACUUCUUCAGUAACUACUGCUUCCCUAGCAUCUGCUACUACUGGUGAAAGAAAAUUAACUAAUAAAGAAUUAAAAGAACUUAAAAAACAAGAAAAGGCUGCCAAGAGGGCUGCCAAAAAACAAGCUAAUGGUAUAUCUCUGGAACAACAGCAACAGCAAGCACAAGCCAAGAGGGAAAAGAAAAAACAGCAGCAGCAACUGCAACAACAACGUGAAUUGAAAAAGAAGGAAGCCAAUUCCAAAAAGAACAACCGUGAGGAUGGAAACUCUGUAAAAAAAACUUCAUUGUUUAGUCAUCUUGAAACUACUGAAGAAAGAAGAGCAAGCAUCUUGGCGAUUACUUCUGCAGUAACUAACCCAAGAACUUCUAGAAUCACUGCUGCUGGGCUAAUGAUUCCAAUGGUUGCUAGUGCAUUAUCUGGUUCUAGAGUAUAUACUACAUCCUCAUUUGCUAAAUCAAUGUCUGCACCCUCUUCAAAGAAUAUUAAAGCUAAUAAUGGUGGUGAUUCAUUGUCUCCCUCACUUACUGGGUCUGGCGUUCAAAAAACCGUUAAUAAUACUUUAGAGAGUGGAAUAACUGCCAAGAUAUCUGGGACGGAUGCCUCUAUAACAGCCCAAGGUAGUACAUCUAAUAUUCAAACAAAUGACAUUUCCAAUACUAUGGAUAUUGCUAAAUCUUUAGCCACAAUGUCCUUAAACUCAGAUGAAUAUUCUGUAGUUCCCGGUAUAUCCUCAAUUGUUCCACAUAUAAUGGAGCAAAGUUUUGAGUCACAACAAUUAAUAUCUUCUUUGAAAGAAUUAUUGUUGAAUAAAGAUUAUAUACAUCCUGCUGUUGCAUUAUUGACAACCAAUAUUGCACACUAUAAAAUUGUUGGUUCAAUUCCACGUUGUAUUGCCAUGUUAGAAGCAUUCCAAAUAGUUAUUAGUGAUUAUCAAACUCCAAAAGGUACUACUUUAUCACGUAAUUUAACCAACUAUUUAUCUCAUCAAAUUGAUAUAUUGAAAAAGGCAAGACCAUUGAGUGUUACAAUGGGUAAUGCAAUUAGAUGGUUAAAACAAGAAAUUUCACAUAUUGAUCCAUCAAUAUCUGAUAGAGUUGCAAAGAAGGAUCUAUGUGAAAAGAUCGCUCAAUUUGCCAAAGAGAAAAUUGAACUAGCAGAUCAAUUAAUUAUUGAAAAUGCUUCACAACAUAUUGAGGAAUCUACUACUAUUGUUGUGUAUGGUUCUUCAAAAGUUAUUACAGAUAUUAUCAUACACAAUGCUGUUACUUUAAAGAAAAAAAACAUUAAAGUUAUUGUUGUUGAUUCAAGACCGUUAUUUGAAGGUAGAAACAUGGCUAAUACUUUAAGAAGAAAAGGUAUAAAUGUCGUUUAUGCAUUAAUUACAAGUUUAGAUGCUGUAUUCAACAUGAAUGUAGAUUAUGUUUUCCUUGGAGCACACUCUAUCUUAUCUAAUGGGUUCCUUUAUUCCAGAGUUGGUACCGCAAUGAUUGCAAUGAGUGCAAAGAGAAGAAAUAUCCCAGUAUUAGUCUGUUGUGAAAGUUUGAAAUUUUCUCAAAGAGUUCAAUUGGACAGUGUCACAUACAAUGAAUUGGCUGAUCCAAAUGACCUAAUACCAAUUGACUAUAAAAAUCCUGUUGAAAGAUUUGCUAAUGAAGGCACUUUGUUGAAGAAUUUCAUUAAAGAGCGUAAAGAAUACAAACAAAAACAAGAGGAAAUCAAUAAUAAAACAAAGGGUAAAGUUGCGAACAGAAAUAAUAAUAAUAAUAAUAACAAUCAAAAUGAUAAUAAAAAGAGUGAUAACGGUAAAGAUUUUAAUAACAAUUAUGACUCUGAAAAUACAAACGUACUUGAUGGCUGGCAGAACUUGAAAUCAUUAAACAUUGUCAAUAUAUUAUAUGAUUUGACCCCACCAGAAUAUAUCAAGAAGGUUAUCACUGAAUUUGGUUCAUUGCCUCCAUCCUCUGUUCCAGUUAUCUUAAGAGAAUAUAAGGGUUCUGCGUAA